ACAAACCCAGAUUUUGCUAUAUUUCUGGGUUUCUUUGGUACCGACUGUCCUAUCCCUCUCCUUCUUCUUGUUCAUCUCACCUCUCUUCUCCAGCCAACAUGUCAGUCUCCACGGUAACAGACUCAUACCGGUCCAUCGGCUGGUCAGCAGUCUCUGUGACCCCGACGGUUCCGAAUGUCACAGACCGGGAACGCAAUGCUCUUCUGGCUGUGGCCGAGGUCGUGGUGCUGGCGGUUAUUUUGGGGAUGGCUCUGCUCGGCAACGGGCUGGUGCUAGUAGUGUUGCUAAGGCGGAGACGGCACCACAACCCGCUGCACCAGUUCAUGUUCAACCUCUGUCUGGCCGACCUGGCGGUGGCACUGUUCCAGGUGUUGCCCCAGCUGGUGUGGGAUGUUACAGGACGCUUUCCAGGCCCGGACUUCCUGUGUCGCCUGGUGAAAUACCUGCAGGUCCUCGGGAUGUUCGGCUCCUCCUACAUGAUUGUCGCCAUGACGGUGGACCGACAUUACGCCAUAUGCUGCCCCCUGCUGGCGCACCGCAGCGGGGCCACCCGCAACUGGAACAGCUCCAUAGUGCUGGCCUGGGGGCUGUCGCUGCUGCUCAGCCUGCCACAGGUGUUCAUCUUCUCCCGUUCAGAAGUGGCUCCAGGGAUCUUCGAGUGUUGGGGCAACUUUGCUGAGUCCUGGGGCCUCAAGGCAUACGUGACCUGGAUGACCCUGGCUGUCUUCAUCCUCCCCGUCCUCAUCAUCACUGUCUGCCAGGUGCGAAUCUUCAAAGAGAUCCAAAACAAUCUGUACCUGAAGUCAGAGCGCCGCCUGUCCCCCGCCUCGCUCCCUCCACCCAAACGGGACAGCCAGAGAGGAAGAGGAGGGGAAGGAGGCAGCAGAGGGAGGUCCAGUCUCCCCCUUUAUGUUUCACCAAUCAUGUUCAACAAUCCUGAGAGUGACCCCAGCUUUGACCCUGGAUCCACCCAUCAGCACCUGCCCAUGGCUCCGCUCAGGUCCACUAGCAUGUCACAUUGUGACAUUCACACCUACACUGCUGUCCACCCAGCCGAGCCGCAGCCCGAUGUGCUGCCGGGCCCCGUGGCGCCCCCUGCCGGCGGCUGCCCCCCGCCCGAAGGGCCCCCGGCCCGUGGUGGAGAGGUGUCAGCGGCCAUGUCGAAGACCGCGAGGAUGACGCUGGUCAUCGUGCUCGUCUACUCGCUCUGCUGGGCCCCUUUCUUCAGCGUCCAGCUGUGGGCCGCCUGGGACCCCGACCCACCUCAGAAUGGUGCAGUGUUCACCUUGCUGAUGCUGCUGGCCAGUCUGAACUCCUGCACCAACCCCUGGAUCUACUCCGCCUUCUCCAGCAGCGUCUCUCGGGACCUCCGCCUGCUGCUGCUCUGUCGCGCUCACUCGCAGCGCCGCGGCUCGCUGGCCAACGACUCCACCACCACACACACCUCCAACUCCUGAACAACACACAGUCAACAGUCCGCCCCGGAGGGGACGAGAGUUAAUAAGCAGCAGUCCCAUAGCUCCCGCGUCCAGGUGAGAUAGGGUGGUGUGGAGGAUAACGCCGACCUCCCAGCACUUCCAAAGUUCACGUUAUAUCUCAUGUAUCACAUUAUAUGAAUCUGUAAAAAAAAAAAAAGAGAAGAAAUGUCUUCACUUGAAAGGUUGUGUACCGACCUGACGGGCUACCAGCAGUAUUCUGGCUUUUAUCAAAAAGAUAGUAAUGCACAAACCACAUAAUCAAGUAAGAAAGUGUUAUAUAGUGCUUUAGAGGUGCUACACACCAGCUUCAUUGGGAUAGGGACAGAUGUUUCCAGCUGUUUCCAUUAUAGGCCAAACGGCUACUCACUGGGCAAGGAAGCAAUUACUGUACGUCAAAUGCGGCUAAUCGUAUUUUAUUUCAUGUCAAACUAUUCCUGUACAACAGGUAGUUUAGAUAGACACUGGGGCAAAGCAUUUUAUAGUGUAAUUAUUGUAAAAGCAAGUGUUUUGGUGAUUUUUGCAAAACAUUAAAUACAUUUUCUUCUAAUUUUUCUUACAGAAAAUGAAAUAAUAAAAAUAUAUUUUUUAAAGUUUAUUCAUUCAUAAACAGUCAUAAAAACAAUUCAUUCAUAGACAUGAAAAAACCUGCGUCGAUUAAAAAAGAGAGAAACCGAAACAUUUACAAAAACCUUUUCACAAACAUGUGCUGUGGUUCUACAAUCCCGUUUAAAAAGCCCGUGGAAAACACGAGCGUUCACAUAUUUCAAUGAAAUGAUUCAGUUUCAGUCUUUCAGUGUCAGCUUCCUUGUCAAAAACAUGUAUCAAAAGGCAAAAUAACUCAAAGUGUAGGUCAAUUUUGAAUCCGUGUAAAUCCAACUCGCCUAAUGAAUAACAGGAUAUGUUAUAAUGUAAUGAGCUGUUACUGAAGGGAAUCAGGGUUUUCUGUCUGCAGCUCCUUUCUUUACUUUGUCCCCUCAAAUAUGAACCUGUCCACCAACAUGAACAUGUAUUUGUAUCAAAUGUAUGUCCGUCGACAGGUGGACACUUGAGUUAGAACGAGAGAAACUCGUCUUCCAUUGGAACCAACAGACUUCUGUCAAUUCGAGUUUGUAAUGAAUUGGUUUGAAGAGGAAUAUUUACAUUUGGUCAGUGAAAUGACCAAAACCUUGUUCCAACAGGCCAAACAGGCAUGCCGUGUAAACGUUCACAUGUGUAUAGCCACUUCAAUGUAAAAGGUCAUACAAAAAUAAAGUAGUGUUCCAUUACAGAAACAUAA